UCCUACAACCAACUCUGAGUGUGUGAUUGCCAGAAUUGAAUCAGAAGUAGACGAGCUAUAAAUCAUCUACUUCCUUUUUUUUUACUAUAUGUAACAUCAUACCUAAUCAGUCAGUCAAUGGCGGCGGCUUUACUGCCCACGUGGCUAUUACAGCUUCCCCGUGACUUCAGUACGUGACAGGCGGAGGAAAACGGAGAACGGGGAGAGUUGCUGUUGGAGCCUGGGGAGGGCGGGAAAGCUUUGGGAUUUAGGCUUCUGGGAACUGGAUACUUUGUUCUUGAAUUAGGUUUUCAUGAGGAAUUCUUUUGGCGAUUCACUCAAGUCCCUUUUAGCUGACAUCGAACUCGCGAAUACACUGGCAUCGGAGCUUCAAAGGAAAGAUGGCGCAUAUCUUCAGAUGGUGAUAUCAUAUAGUCCAGCUGCAAAGCAUUUUCUCUGCAUGGCAAAGUGGGCAGACUGCAGCCUUACUUUGGCCCUUUUACUUGCUGGGGCUUUUGGGCUGCUCAGGAUAUUGAUAUGUGAGGUUUGCAUCUUCCGACUUUCUUAUGUAGAGAGCCGUGUUGAUCGAAGAGGCACCAAAUCAACAUGUGUAAAGAAAGCAAGCAUUAAGGAAUUUUAUUCUGUUAUUUUUCCCUCAUUGAUUCAAAUGCAAAAUGGAAUCACUACAAUGGAAAAUUGUAAUCGAAGGACAUCGUUGACCGAGAGAGACAAAAAGAUGGCUAACAGUGAGAGGAGGCAGUUUUCAGAGUUGGAUGUUGAAAGAGAGGAUGAAUGUGGCAUAUGCAUGGAGUUAAACAGCAAGAUUGUCAUACCCAACUGCUGUCAUGCAAUGUGCUUUAAGUGCUACAGCAACUGGAACUCCAUACAACAAUCAUGUCCCUUCUGUCGUGAGAGCCUCAGCAGAGUGAAGCCUGAUGACUUGUGGGUGUAUACUGAUGAUAGGGAUAUCAUUGACUUGGCAAAAGUCAACACUGAUGAUCUGAAACGGCUGUAUUUAUAUAUAGAUAAGCUUCCUUCAAUGGGCGCUAAUACAUAUUUUAAUGCGGAUGCUUCGCUUGAAAAAUCGAGCUCCACAAACAGGUUGAUUCUUUCCACGAAUUUGAAUUAGGAUGGAUUGAAUUCUUCAGGGUUGGUUCACAUUUUUAUUUUCUUAUGGCCAUUUUAGCUGUGUUAUUUAUUUGUCAUCCACUAACAUUGGGAUUACAAGUGCUUGGCAUUAGUUUAUUGUUAGAUGGUUGGUGUAUAUAGUCCUUGGUAAUGCAUGCAAGCCCAAUGGAAAGUUCCUUCUUGAUGA